UGUGGUUAAAUUGACCCCUCGAAUCUAAGCUGCCCUCAAUCAAUCAGAAUUGGAUUGCCACGUCAAAAUUGCUUAUGAUUUGUCUUUGUCGUGCACUAGCACUAUACCUAUACCUUUAUACAGUGGACAAUUUGGACGAGAAGAUGAGAAAAAGAGUGUAAGAUGGGUCAGCGUGUGUCUUGUGCCAGUCGGCAAGGAGUAAGGCAAGGUAGAAUGAAGUCAUUUCCAGAUCUAGUGACCCUGCCCCCAGAAUUAGCCGUACAAGUGCUCAGUCACCUUGACGCCACUGACCUGUGUCUUGCCUCCUGUGUCAAUGAGGUGUGGAGCAGUCUGGCCAACGUCGACCCACUCUGGAAAAGCUUAUGCCACAGUCGCUGGGGUCAGGUGACUGCGUACCAUACUGACUACCCCGUUCAGCACUCCUACAAGGACCUCUAUAUGAUCCUGGACAACGCCUCUCUCACCUUCUCCAACAACGCUCACGAGGGUAUCGGCUAUCUGGUGAGGGCUGGUGUGCUAGACGAUUCCCCUCAGGCCAUUGCCGAGUUUAUCAACAGUACGCGCUCUCUCAACUGGUACUCUCUGGAAACCCUCCUGCGAGACAACGCAGACAUACUGGACUGUUUGGUCUCUCUCCAGGACUACCAGAACAUCUUCCUCCCAGACGCCCUCAGGCAUUUCUUCUCCGUGAUCCCGGCACCCAAUGAGAGGGGCCUGUUUCUGGAAACACUGGUCAACAAGUUCAGUGGCCGCUAUAUGGACUGUAACACACACCUCUCUAUGAGCAAAGACUGCCUCCAUGUGAUCUGCUACUCACUCAUCCUGCUGAGUGUGGACCUCACCAGUCCCCACGUCAAGAACAAGAUGUCCAAGAGAGAAUUCAUCAGAAACCUCCGUCACGCUACAGUGGACGUCAGUGACGAGACCUUUGGACACAUGUAUGACAAUAUCUACCUGAGUGGCCAUGUUGCCACGGACUAUGGAGCUCAUCGCUAGGCAGUUAUUAUUAGUUUUUGUGUGUUGUAUAUAUACUGUCAAUAUAAUAUUUUUUAUUAAAACAUUGUUCAAAAAGAAAUGAUGAGUUGAAUGAUCA